UCCCGAGGAGGUGGUGAUCAUGGCUUGCUCUGCAUUUGAUGGUGUGUGUGUGUGUGUGUGUGUGUGUGUGUGUGUGUGUGUGUGUGUGUGUGUGUGUGUGUGUGUGUGUGUGUGUGUGUGUGUGUGUUACAGGACACGGUGACGUGUGUGUCUCGAUGGCUGUGUGCGCAUCCUAAGGAGGUGGUGAUCGUAGCCUGCUCCGCGUUCGAUGGCAUGAAACUGAAGCAGCACCUGCAUCUCAUCGACAUGUUGAGGGGAGUCUUCAAAGACAAACUCUGCCCCAACACGGAAACCCCCUCGCUGUCCCUGUGCUGGCGCCAUGGUUACCAGGUCAUCCUCUCGUACGAUGACGACAUGUCGCUAGCGUACGCUGAGCUGUGGCCCGGGAUCGAGUACUGGUGGGCCGACACGCCCGACCCCAAAGACCUCCUCACCUACCUGGAGAGACAGAAGAGAAACGGACGACCCACAGAUGCCUUCUUCGUGGCUGGGAUGAACCUGACGGAGGACCUGCGCUACGUCCUGCAGCACCCCCUGCAGUCCAUGAGGAGUAUGACACUGCGGGCCUGUGGAUACCUGCUGGACUGGAUCAGGAAACAGCAGCCUGGACCUGCUAGCACAGCACUCAACAUCAUCGCCGCUGACUUUGUGGGGGACACGGAGUUCAUUCACAUAGUUAUUGCUCUUAACCAGAGUUGUAUAAAGUAGAAAGUGGAAAUGAAAGCCCAGCUGGGAAACUCCAACUCCCAUGAUCGUCAUUGUGACACAGCACUCCACAGCACACAAGUGCACAUUGCACACAACAAAAUUGCAUUUAUGCCUCACCCGUGCAAAGGGGCAGUCCCUGAUGGAGCAGUGCAGUGCGGCAGGACGGUACCAUGCUCAGGGUACCUCAGUCAUGAGGGAGGAUGGGGGAGAGCACUGGUUAAUUACUCUCGUCUCCCCCCACCAGCCUGGCAGGACGGGAGUCGAACCGGCAACCUUUGGCCUACAAGUCUGACGCCCUAACCGCUGAAUGGAAUUACUGUAAGAAGUGUAAUUACAACACUAGUAGUGUCAUGUGUUACAUUCAGUAGAUGCAACUAUGUGAUGUCUAUUGGUGUUGUAAUUACGCCCAUAAUAUUAGGUACUUCCACUUUACACAACUGAUGAAUUCCGGAAAUGAGCCACUAAAAUACGACAUAGUGCACCUUGAACACUCCUCUUGUGACACUCCUGCAUUGAGUAUAAUGUGCCCUCCUCUGUGUCUCUCUCCCUUCCAGUGUCUCCACCAAUCUCUAGUAGGUCCACCACAUUCAUUUCAGUGUCAUUUCAUUUUUCAUGUAGCCUACAAAUGACAAGCCCGACUUGGUGUAAGCCUAUUUGCAUUUUCUCUCACUGUUUCACCCGUUAUCCUUUGGUGGUUACACUUUGUAGACGCUCCCUACCAUCGGCAGGCUAUACUUCCUGGUUCUCGAGAUUUCGGAAGGAUUCAUAGGUAAACAAGCACAAGCACUCGUGGUUUCUAAUAGGACAUUAGAGCAGGAAAGUUCCCUAGAAUGACAUGUGGUGGUGCAGUUGGCAUUUGUUUAUGCCAUAUGUUUGAUCCUUAUUGCUGCUGCUGUUACCCUGAUUCCCCUUUCUGUGAAGAAGAAAACACGACGGUCUCCGCUUUGGAAACAUCAACAAAGAAACGCCAUCUGGUGGACAAACUAUGAACUGCUGGGGCCAUCCUGAGAAAUAUUUCAUUGUGAAACUCCAUCAGUAUUUUUUUUCAGUCUGAUUCAGCAGUCACAGUUGCGCGUUGUGAUAAUAUUAUUGUUUGUUUGUUUGUUUUACAGUAUUUUUAAUGGUGUUGAAAUGUGGCCUUUCAUUCAUUCCAUUGUGCAUUCAAUCUGCUGCCGUGUGAAAGGGUGUCUAAGUUUAGAUAGCUGGCUCUUCUCUUUUCACUCUGUAAGGUGCUUAAGGGGCUGCUUAUGGGAUUAGGGGAGAGCAGGGCCAUCAGACGCUCCUGCUGCCCCGUCAGACGCUCCUGCUCUGCCAGAAGUACAGGAUGCUCUGCUCUGCUCUGUUGGUUCUCAUGCAUUACAUUACAUUAGUAUUUCGCAGACGCCUUUGUUCAAAGCCACUUACAAGGAGCAAUUUAAACAAGAACAGGGUAAGGCACAGUGUACAGUUGCAACACUGAUAGCAUUGUCCUACAAAGAGUAAAGAAGAGGACAAUGCAUUAAAAAGUAGCAAAAAGUAAUUAAGACCUCAGGGUGCAGUGUACAGUUGCAACACUGACAACAUUGUCAAACACAAGGUAAUAGAAGCGACAUU